UUUUUUUCUUUCUUUCUUUCACCUUUUUUUCGUCUCUUAUUUCUUUAUUCUCUGUCUCUCUGUCUCUUAACUCUUUAAUCAGAUCAAAUAUUAUUACUUAAAAACAUUUUUUUUCUCAACGCUUUCCCAGAUUUUCUCUCUUUCCAGACACCCAUUUUCGCUUCACUUCCCUCACUUCAUUCCCAUUCUUUAGCUACUUUCAAUACAGAAAAGCUAAAAUUUUCUCCAUUUUUACUUUAGAUUACGAUGAUUGAAGCUUCAAAAGAGGUAUAAGAAGUGGAAGUACGAUUUGGGGUUAGUGAAAUUCUCUUAAUGGUGGAAUCCAAAUUAUUUGGAGAUUGGAUGGGAUUUGUGAGGUUGAAGUUAGUGUUUAGCUAUGGUGAGGAAGGAAAAGUGAAGGGUUUUUUGGAUGGAAGGGUUUGGUUUUGAAAAUGGAUGAAUUUGUUCUUAACAUUUCUUAACUGGGUUUUUAUUUUUCUUUUGGAUCCCAUUUUUUUUUUGGGGAGAUUUUUUUUUAGUGUAGUUUUGGUUUAUGUCAAGAACUGAUAGGAUGGCUUCCGAUCUUAGUAGAACUGGCCCCGUUGAAAGAGACAUAGAACAGGCAAUUACUGCUUUGAAGAAAGGGGCUUGCCUGCUUAAGUAUGGAAGAAGAGGGAAGCCAAAAUUUUGCCCCUUCCGCCUUUCGAAUGAUGAGUCUGUUUUAAUAUGGUUAUCAGGGAAAGAGGAGAAACAUCUUAAACUAAGUCACAUAUCUAGAAUCAUAUCCGGGCAGCGCACUCCUAUCUUUCAACGGUAUCCUCGGCCUGAGAAAGAGUACCAGUCAUUUUCACUGAUAUAUAAUGACAGAUCACUGGAUUUGAUCUGCAAGGACAAGGAUGAAGCUGAAGUCUGGUUUAGUGGUUUAAAAGCAUUAAUCUCUCGCAGCCAUCAAAGAAAAUGGAGAACAGAAUCAAGAAGUGAUGGCAUUCCUUCUGAAGUAAAUAGUCCUAGAACAUACACGCGAAGAAGUUCACCCUUACAUUCUCCAUUUGGUAGUAAUGAUAGCUUGCAGAAGGAUGGUGGAGAUCACCUUCGCCUUCAUAGUCCAUAUGAAAGUCCUCCAAAGAAUGGUCUUGGUAAGGCGUUUUCAGAUGUAAUAUUAUAUGCUGUUCCUCCCAAGGGUUUCUUUCCUCCAGAGUCCGCUAGUGGUUCAGUUCAUUCUUUGUCUUCAGGAGGAUCAGAUAGUGUACAUGGCCAUAUGAAGACAAUGGCAAUGGAUGCUUUUAGGGUUAGUCUUUCAAGUGCAGUUAGUUCAUCAAGCCAAGGAUCUGGCCAUGAUGAUGGUGAUGCCUUGGGUGAUGUUUUCAUUUGGGGUGAAGGCACUGGGGAUGGUGUUUUGGGUGGCGGACUUGAUAAAGUUGGCAGUUGUGGCAUCAAAAUGGAUUCUUUACUGCCUAAAGCUUUAGAAUCUGCAGUUGUACUUGAUGUUCAGAAUAUUGCCUGUGGUGGUCGACAUGCCGCCUUGGUAACCAAGCAGGGGGAGGUUUUCUCCUGGGGAGAGGAAUCUGGAGGCCGGCUCGGGCAUGGUGUAGAUUCUGAUGUUUUGCAGCCAAAGCUUAUUGAUGCCUUAAGUAAUACUAACAUUGAGCUUGUAGCAUGCGGUGAGUACCAUACUUGUGCUGUAACACUUUCUGGUGAUUUGUACACUUGGGGUGAUGGCACUUAUAAUUUUGGUCUUCUUGGUCAUGGAAAUGAGGUAAGUCAUUGGGUGCCAAAACGAGUGAAUGGGCCCUUGGAGGGCAUACAUGUCUCGUCAAUAUCUUGUGGCCCUUGGCAUACAGCUGUUGUAACCUCUGCAGGUCAAUUGUUUACCUUUGGUGAUGGCACAUUUGGUGUCUUGGGUCAUGGAGAUCAGAAUAGUGUCUCAAUACCAAGGGAAGUGGAAUCCCUAAAAGGGCUCCGGACUGUCCGAGCAGCUUGUGGAGUGUGGCAUACUGCUGCAGUUGUUGAAGUCAUGGUUGGGAAUUCAAGUUCUAGCAACUGUUCCUCGGGGAAGCUCUUUACGUGGGGAGAUGGGGAUAAAGGUCGACUUGGACAUGGCGAUAAGGAAGCAAAACUUGUUCCUACUUGUGUUGCUGCUCUUGUUGAACCAAACUUUUGUCAAGUUGCCUGCGGACACAGUCUGACAGUUGCCCUUACAACAUCAGGGCAUGUCUACACCAUGGGAAGUCCUGUUUAUGGGCAGCUAGGAAAUCCACAAGCUGAUGGAAAAGUUCCUACCCGUGUUGAAGGAAAGCUUUCUAAGAGUUUCGUUGAGGAGAUUUCUUGUGGUGCUUAUCAUGUUGCAGUUUUGACUUCGAGAACUGAAGUUUAUACUUGGGGAAAGGGAGCAAAUGGUCGAUUAGGUCAUGGGAAUGUUGAUGAUAAGAACUCCCCAACAUUGGUGGAAGCUCUGAAAGACAAGCAAGUCAAAAGUAUUGCUUGUGGCACGAACUUCACUGCAGCAAUCUGUCUCCACAAAUGGGCUUCAGGCGUUGAUCAAUCAAUGUGUUCCGGGUGUCGCCUUCCAUUUAAUUUCAAAAGAAAACGUCACAAUUGUUAUAAUUGUGGACUAGUCUUUUGUCAUGCAUGCAGCAGUAAGAAGUGCCUUAAGGCUUCCAUGGCUCCAAACCCGAACAAACCUUAUCGUGUCUGUGACAAUUGUUUUAAUAGACUGAGGAAAGCCAUUGAAACUGAUGCAUCAUCUCAAUCUUCUGUAAGUAGAAGAGGAAGCAUAAACCAUGGGACUAAUGAAUUUGUUGAUAAAGACGAUAAGUUGGAUUCUAGAUCUCGUGCUCAACUUGCUAGAUUUUCACCAAUGGAGUCGUUUAAGCAAGGGGAAAGCCGAUCAAAGAAAAACAAGAAGCUAGAAUUUAAUAGUAGUCGUGUCUCACCAGUCCCAAAUGGAGGCUCUCAAAGGGGAGCACUUAACAUUUCUAAGUCUUUCAACCCGGUAUUUGGAUCAUCCAAGAAAUUUUUCUCGGCUUCUGUUCCUGGAUCAAGAAUCGUUUCUCGUGCGACAUCCCCAAUAUCAAGACGGCCUAGUCCUCCUCGUUCAACAACACCAACCCCAACACUCGGAGGUCUCACCUCCCCUAAAAUAGUUGUGGAUGAUGCUAAGAGGACCAACGAUGGCCUUAAUCAAGAGGUCACUAGAUUAAGAGCACAGGUCGAGAAUCUUACACGUAAAACACAACUUCAAGAAGUCGAGCUGGAAAGGACAACCAAACAGCUGAAAGAGGCGAUUGCAAUCGCAGAGGAGGAGACGGCAAAAUGCAAAGCAGCAAAGGAAGUCAUCAAGUCGCUUACUGCACAAUUAAAGGAUAUGGCUGAAAGACUGCCUGUUGGGGCCACACGGAACAUUAAGUCGCCUUCAUUUACUUCAUUUGGCUCUAGCCCUCCUUCCAAUGAUGCCUCUAGUGUUUCUCUUGAAAGACCGAAUGGUCAAAUAGUGUACCAAGAACCAGAUUCAAACGUAUCAAGUGGCCAGUUACUUUCUAAUGGGUCCAACACCACCAAUAAUCGUAGUACAAGCCAUACCAAGCAAGGCCAUAGUGAACCAGCUACUAAAAGUGGAGGCCGAACAAAAGAAAGUGAACCUCGAAAUGAGAGUGAAUGGGUUGAGCAAGAUGAACCUGGUGUGUAUAUAACACUUACCUCACUACCAGGUGGUGCCAAGGAUCUCAAACGAGUCCGAUUCAGUCGUAAGCGGUUCAGCGAGAAACAAGCAGAACAAUGGUGGGCAGAGAACAGAGCAAGAGUAUACGAACAAUACAAUGUCCGGACAAUCGACAAGUCUAGCGUCGGUGUCGGGAGCGAGGACUUAGCUCAUUAACACAAUGAAAGUAGUAACUAUAUGAUUGUACAUUCAUUUGUCUUUCUGAGAUUCCGAUCCCAAUAUCGGGAUUUCGAUUGAUCAAAAACCAUACAACACCAUUGUUGAUCAAAGAGUUGUUUGAAGGGAAGCAAUAAUGGUAUAAAGGAAGAUAAUUAGAAAAGUUUGUUUGGGAUGUUUUUUUGGAUCAUUUUUUUCCUACUUGAUUGGAUUUGAGGGGUGACAAAAGAAAAUGUAAAUUUUUAUUAGGGUUUUCUGGCCUUUGUUGAUAGCAAUUUGCCAUGUAAAUUCAUAAGCAAGUUAAAAUCUGCAGGGAAAAAUGAAAGUUUUUCAUUUUGUUUUGGGUUUAUAUAAUUUUAGUUAUGCCGAUGGUAUGUAUAGUAUAUUUAGGAGUCAUAAAUGAAUCGAGCUUGAACUAAUAACGGGUUUUUGUUCA